GGGAGACGGAGAACGAUUGAGAGCAUGAUGUCAGCUGAGUUCAGAAAGUAAACAGUGGAGCAGUCUGCAGCAUGCUGUCUGCCGGCCGGGGAGUUUGCCUGGGGAGACCCCAGCGCGGGGGCACCCACACCAUCCCGUGGACCGGCACCCGUGGGUACAGGGGUCGGGGGCUGCCGUCCUUCGUCUCCAUCUUCACCUUUGUCCUCCUCCUCAUCCUCCCGCUCCAGGGCUCAGCCUGGCCUCACGACUACAGGUACGGUUUCUCCGACCACUGCCCUGGACCGGAGUGGAGCGUGAUGUGCCGCAACUGCUGCGAGUAUGACGUCAUCCGGUGUAAAUGUCCGCUGCAGGGCACCCGCGUGGGCUACGCCGUGCCGUGCUGCCGUAACGCCAUCAACGAGUGUGACCCCUGCAUCAUCCACCCAGGGUGCAGUAUCUUUGAGAACUGUAAGCGGUGCAACAAUGGGACCUGGGGUCCCCGCGACGACUUCUUCAUCAGAGGGAAAUUCUGCGCCGAGUGCCGCCCUGGCUGGUCUGGGGGGGACUGCCUGCAGUGCGGGGGAGUGGUACGUAAACGACAAGGACAUCUGGUUCUGGAGAGCUACCCCAACAAUGCCCGCUGUGAGUGGACCGUGCAGGUGGACCGAGCCUUCACCAUCGACUUCAGGUUCAUGAUGUUGAGUCUAGAGUUUGACCACUCUUGUCGCUAUGACUACGUGGAGAUCCGAGACGGCGACAGCAUCAACUCGCAGGUCAUCGGUCGGUUCUGUGGGAACACCCGACCCGGGCUGAUCCAGAGCUCGGGGAACACGCUGCACGUCCUCUUCGUCUCCGACGGCUACAAGAACUUUGAUGGCUUCUUCGCCACGUUCCAGGAGAGUUCUGCUUGCAGCUCCUCUCCGUGUCUGCAUGAUGGGACUUGCGUGCUGGACACCUCCUACUCCUUCUACUGUGCCUGUCUGUCUGGCUACACGGGACGGAGGUGUGAAAACGUGGUGGGGUGUCGCCGGCCCCCCAUCCCCGCCCACGGCUCCACCCAGGGGGUGUUCUACCACUCAGGGGCCCGCGUCACCUUCCACUGCGACCUGGGCUUCCAGCUGCGGGGCCCCCGCUCGGCCGUCUGUCUGCUGGACGGCACCUGGAGCGCCUCCGACUCCCAGUGUGUACCAGUGGAGCAGUCCUGUUCCCUCCCGCCCAAGCCGGCCCACGGGGACCACUUCCUGGUGUACGGGCCCAACGACGUGCUGAUCGCCCUGCAGUACCUCUGCUACCGGCCUUACAAGCUGACUGGCGGCUCCCAGCGGACCUGUCUGCCCAACAACACCUGGAGCGGAACCCCGGCCCUCUGUAGCAAAGUGAACAACACACUGGAGGAACCAGGAAGACACAUGGAGACCAAUGUAGCCGUCAAAGUUACUGAAGGCCAGGCUAACACAACGGAGGCUACGAAGACAGAGGCUCAUACGACUGAGGCCAAUGCACCCGCGGCUAACACGACGGAAGCUACGACGACAGAAGCUAAUACUACAGAGGUUAAUGCUACAGAGGUUAAUACUACAGAGGUUAGCAGCACCACCGAGGCUUAUGCCACAGAGGUGAACGCAACGGAGUUGAACAAAGCUGAGGUUAAUACGACCGAGGUUACAACUACAGAAGUUAACACGAGAGAGGUUAAUACUACGGAGGCUGUCAACGGGCAUGAAGUCGAUGCAGAGCACCGAAACACGACGACGGGAGGCCAUGGAGAGCCGUCCGUCAUCAACACUCUGGAGGUACCUGACACAGAGGAGAGGAGAACGUUUUCCCCAGACCCCCGCGGACGCGGUGACGCCCUGGAGGGAGACUGGACAGACAUCUUAAACAGCCUGGACCCGGUGGAAACCAGAGACAACGACCCAGCGGCGGUCGGAGAGAACGACGGACGCUCGACGGAAACCACGGCCGGGAACGACGUGAUUGACGACACGAUGGGCGGGACAGCGGAGGUGACGGAGGUAGCAGUGGUCAGAGAUAAGGGGCGGGAGGAGGAGGAGGAGAGGAGGAAGGAGCGGCUGGAGGCGGACAGCAGCCCAGACAAGGUCAGCCCCAACGACAGCGAGAGGAAGAUAGCCCUGUCUGAGCGGGAUAACGUCCUGGACGUAGCGUUGGAGGUCGCCCCGGAGGUUGUGCCGACAGCCAACCGGACGUGGACCGCCGACGGCAACGAGAUCGUGACAGUGAACAAAACAUGGGUUCCCCCAGAGCCGGAGAUGGAGACCGUACCAAGCAGGAGCAACACCUCCCGGUUCACUCCGUACAGAGCGGGGGACGGCGAAGGAGAGGAGACCCCUGGGAAAGCCACGACGCACGGUGCGAAAGAGAGCCGAAACGAAAAGACAGACGAAGACACAAAAGCAGGGAAGGAUGCUGCUGGGAAGGCGAGGGAGGAACUGGAGAAAGAGGUGAAAGAACAAGAGAGGCAGCAGAAGGAGGAGAAGAAGAAGAAGAAGGAGGAGAAGGAGAAGAAGAAGGAGGAGAAGGAAAAGGAGAAGGAGAAGGAGAAGGAGAAAGAUCUCAACGCCAGCAUUGACGGGGGGAUGUGCCGGGCUCCGCCCCGCCCACACCACGGCUCCCUCCGGCCCGUGCCAGGGUUGGUUCCAGCGACGGUGGAAUACUCCUGUAACCAUUCGUACGCACUCAGCGGUGAGGCCCGCCGAGCCUGCCAGCCCAACGGCACCUGGAGCGGCACGCAGCCGCUCUGCGUCCGAGCCUGCAGAGAACCAAAGGUGUCAGAGCUGGUCAGACAGAAAGUGCUGCCGCUGCAGAUUCCAUCCAGGAAGACCCCCAUCCACAAGCUCUACUCCAUGGGGCUGGGGCACCUGCUGCAGGCCGACGAGCCCCGGGGGGCUGUCCAGGCCCUGCCCCAGGGCUUCCACCACCUGUACGCUCAGAUAGAGUACCAGUGUGCCUCUCCCUACUACCACCACGCCGGCAGUGCACGCCGCACCUGCCUCAAGACCGGCAAGUGGAGCGGGCGUCAUGUCUCCUGCUCGCCAGUGUGUGGGAAGCAUUCGACCUUUGACCCCCAGAGGCCAGCAGAAGCCCACUGGCCUUGGCUGGCGGCCAUCUAUCGGCGCUCCACCAAGAAAGCCAACGCUUCCAAGGCGGCCUCGUUGAAGCCCCUGAAGAGCGGCGCCGGGUCUGUUCCGGGGGGCCAGGACGGGGGGUCCGACUGGCAGCUGGUGUGCAGUGGGGCCCUUGUGAACCAGCGCAGCGUGGUGGUGGCGGCCCACUGCGUGACCGAGCUGGGGAAGGCGUACCCCCUGGGGACCGCCAAGAUGAAAGUGGUGGUUGGCAAGCACUACCGCAACGACCUCAGGACCUCCAAGGGCCUGCAACACCUCAGGGUGGCCUCAGUCGCCGUGCACCCCAACUACGACCCCCUGAUCCUGGACUCGGACCUGGCCGUGCUCCGGCUGCUGGACAAGGCCCGGAUCGGGGAGCAGACCCUGCCUCUGUGCCUCCCGGACGCCCUUGUACCCCCCGUGUCGGGGGUCCCCCGGGAGGGCCUGGUCACGGGCUGGUCCCCGCUGCCCGACCCGUCCAUGGGGGUGGAGGAGCGGGCCCGGGUGGGGCUGGUGCGCCUGGCCGACGUGGUGCCCUGCGAGCAGCAGUACGCCCGCAACGGCGCCCCCGUCAGCGUCUCGGACAACAUGCUGUGCGCCAGCCACAAGCCCGACUACGGCGCGUCCAACAUCUGCCCCUCCGACACCGGCGGGAUCCUGGUCCUGCCCGGGGCCCCCACCUCCGGGGACCCAGCGGAGGGCCAGGCCCCGUGGCGGCUGAUGGGUCUGGUGAGCUUCGGGUACGAGCAGGGGGAGUGUGACCCGGCGCUCUACACUGUGUACACGCACGUGGCCCACUUCAAGGACUGGAUCGAGGGCCUCAUGAGAUAAACCUAACGCCCUCCUGGCUGGCUCCCCUCCUCCUCCCUUCUUCUCUAAAACGCUGGGCCUGUGCUCACCUCCGCAAACUCUCACUGUCUCUUUAGUGUCUCUUUCUCACUGUCUCUCUCUCACUGUGGCUUCACUGCCUCUCUCUCACUGUUUCUCUCAUACUGUCUCUUCACUGUCUCUCUCACUGGCUCCUCAGAGUCUCUCUCUCAGCGUCUCUCCACUUUCUCUCUCACACUGCUUGAAACGAGGAGGCGGUGUCUGCAUUAGUUCCAUCUGGAGCCGUGAUACUUCAACCGUCACUUGGACAGGCACCAAACGUUAGCGGAAGAAAGACUUGAGAAUCUGUCGAUCGGCUGCUGCUGGUCGACAAUGUACUGGCUGUUAUGUAUAUAGGAUGCACUGUAUUAUUCUUAACUCAUAGGAUUCAGAGAUGUACAUAUUGUAUUAAAGGAUAAGUCUUUGUGUUUAAUUAAAGGUGAUGCCGUUGCAAAGACUGUAAAGAAUCUGCCAUUAAUUAAGAUAAGGUUACGUCGGUAAUUGAGGAGGUAAUUUGGUGGUCAAACAUUUUCAUUAAAUGUAGGAUGGGGUCCGCUUGUGAGGCUUAUAAAUAGUACGCUAUUUACAUUACAUAUUAGUCACAAAACCCUGGCACGCCACCCUCAAUUAGCAUGAGCUAAAAUGACAUGUUAUCCAUGACAGAGAAAUGCAAUUACAAUACCCAUUAAAAGAAAAUCCCUCAGCAAAUGCAUUAUUUAAGAAUGAAUUGCUCUUCUGUGCGCAAAUUAAAUUCCUGGCUUGAA